GACCCGGAAGCGGCUAGCCGGGAGCGAAGGUCAAAUCGGCAGCUGAGGGAUUUUAACUUUCGCAUUUCUACGUCAGAAUCUCAGUCCCCAGGCCUGCACCCCUGGGGCCUGGGGUCUCCGCGCACGUUAGAGUCGCCUCAGCCCCGCCUCCCACCGCGGAUUGACGUCUCAAGACCCAUCUUGCCUGGCAGAGAAGCCCAGAGGAGGGAGAGGAGGAAAGCCCAGAGAGUCAGGAAUGACUCAUUCUCAGGGACGCUUGACCUUCAGGGAUGUGGCCAUAGAAUUCUCUCAGGAGGAGUGGGAGUGCCUGGACCCUGCUCAGAGGGCCUUGUACAGGGACGUGAUGGUGGAGAACUACAGGAACCUGGUCUUCCUGGAUAUAUCUACUAGAUGUAUGAGCAAAGAAUUACCACCAAAAGACAACAUUAAUAAUGGAGAAUUAUUCCAAGCGUUGAUUUUGGAAAGACAUGUAAGUCAUGACUUUGAUGACUUUGGUUUGAGGGAAGUCCAGCAAGAUGUGAACAAAUUUGAGACUCAGUGGCUAUAUGAAGAAAAAAAUUACAAAGGAAUGACUACAUCCCAUUAUAAAAAUCUCACUUGUAGAGAAGACCAACAACAUCACAAAUUCUGGAAUAAUUUCGCUGUAAAGCAUAGUGUUUCCAUAAGAAAUAGUAAAUCUCAAUAUUAUAAACAUGAUAUGACGAAUAAGGCACUAAAAAACAAGGUAGGCUCUUCAGGAAACAAGUAUAGGAACUGUUUGGACAGUGGGCUUGGAUUAAGCUUUCAUUCACAUCUGGCUGAACUGCAAAGAUUUCAAACCGAAGAGGAAAUUCAUGAAAGUAAUCAAGUUGAGAAGUCUACCAAAAAGACUUCAGUUUCACUUCAAAAAAUUCCUUCUAGUGUCAAAACCAACAUUUUUAACAAAUAUGGGAAGGUUCUUACACAUUCUUCAUUACAGACACAACACCAAAAAACACCGAAAAGAGAAAAACCUUACAAAUGUAAAGAGUGUGGGAAGACUUUUAGCCAUUGCUCAACCUUAGCUACUCAUCAAAGAAUUCAUUCUGAGCAGAAACCUUACAAAUGUAAUGAGUGUGGCAAAGUCUUUAACAGGUUCUCAAACCUCACGAGGCAUCAGAGAAUCCAUACUGGAGAGAAACCAUAUAAAUGCAAUGUAUGUGGUAAGGAUUUUAUGAUACGUUCACACCUUUGGGGACAUGAGCGAAUUCAUACCGGAGAGAAGCCUUACAAAUGUAAUGUGUGUGGCAAAGCCUUUUCUGAGUGUUCAAAUCUUGUUCAACAUAAAAGAAUCCAUUCUGGAGAGAAACCUUAUAAAUGUAAUCAGUGUGGUAAGGAAUUUAUCACUCGUUCACACCUUUGGGGUCAUGAGAGAACUCACACUGGAGAGAAACCUUACAAAUGUAAUGAGUGUGGAAAGGCCUUCUCCGGGAGUUCAAAUCUUACUCAACAUAAGAGAAUUCAUGCUGGAGAGAAACCGUAUAAAUGUAAUGUAUGUGACAAGGCCUUUAGUCAGAAUUCAAGCCUUACAGUUCAUCAGAGGAUUCAUACUGGGGAGAAGCCUUACAGAUGUCAUGAAUGUGGGAAAGCCUUUAAGCAGUAUUCAAGCCUGAGUAGACACCAGAAUAUACAUAGAAUGAAGAUAAAGAUGUAGAAACUGUGAUUAUAUUUAUUUUCGAGAGGGAGAGAGCACGAGAGAGUGGGGAGGAGCAGAGGUAGAAGGAGAAGCAGACUCCCUGCUGAGCAGGGAGCCUGACGUGGAGCUCAAUCCUGGGACCCCACGAUCAUAACCUGAGCCGAAGGCAGAUGCUUAACCCAGUGAACCACCCAGGCACCCCUAAAGUAAGUAUGUCUUAAUGGGAAGUAAGCAUAAGUGAAGAAUAUUGGUUUACACUUGAAAUGGUAAAUAUAGGCGAAACUUCAGGUUCCCAUGCAGCAUCCCCCAAAGGAAGAACGUCACUCAUUGCGAACCAUCAGAUGGCCUCCAGGUUUUUGGCAGUAGGAAUGGUCUUCUUAAUCACAGAUGCUGAUUAGAAUCCUGGGGAAUUUCUUUCUUCUUCCUUUACCAGUAUAUCUUCCUUUUUGUCAUAGGUGAAGGUUAAGGUCCACAGAUUUGAGUGUCAAGCACCUGUUUGUAGCCAGCUCCUUAGUCAUCAUCUUUACAGGAAUCUCGAGCACAGUGACAGCUUUUGGGUAGGAACAUUUCCCUGAUUUUGGAUGUAAAUUUGUUUGCUGGGUCAUAGAGUGAUACUGUGCUAUAUUAUGUAACAUGUAACUGAGGAACCUGGGUGAAGGGAUGAAGUUUACAAGGACUUUUUCAUACAAUUUUUGCACAUUUUGCGUAUCUGUAAUAACUUCAAAAUAAAGAGUAACGAAAGGCAACAUGAUAUGCUGUGGCUUUUAGAAAGUUCAGGUGCAGCUCUUUGUUCAUAUGAGAAUAAAGGACAUUAUAGGUACAUCCAAAAAUCCUUCUUAAAACUUAAAUUCUUAAAACUUGUCACCUCCUUGGUAAUUUUCCAGAACACCGUAAAUGGGAUAUGCCUCCACCCCACAUAACAUGCGGCUUACUCUGCUUCUAAGAACUGAAUCAGCAGCCCAGGAGUAGAACCAAAGGAUUGGGUGUUUAAAGUGUUUGCUUUAUUAUGCAUUGGUGGAUACUUUGUUCUAGAACCACCUCUAAUCUUGCAUGAAGUGGGCAGAUGAUCUGAGGAAAGGGGAAGAUGAGUCCGGAAGUACCAUUGAAAUUCUCUUACUGUCUGCAUGAAUGAAGCUUCCAUCUUUCCCUUAAGAACAGGGUCAGAAACUCCUCAUUCUGGACAGAGUUCUCCGAGACGCGAUAGAAGAGGCAGAUCUACACAAGGUGAGGUCCUGCCUUGGGGAGGGAAGCUAGCCUCACACAAGACAACCAGCUUUCUGUAGGUCUCUAAUAUCAUGACUGUGCACAUAAGCUCUCUGAGCAGCGUCUCUGCAGUCCCUGUGUUCUAGGAGGAUACUGUGGAGUACUGGUGAAUGCCCCAGUCCCUGAAAUGAAAUGCACGCACACAGACAUACAUUUCCUAAAGUGGCAAUGGGAAGAUUCUUUUGUUUUCACACAUUAUGAGACAAGAAUAGGAGUAUAAGGAUUGGUUCUGGUGUAGCGUGAGGAUUAUUACUUGAGUUUGGUGGCAGAACUUCUGGGUCCUGACUUUGGAGAAGUUUGACCUUUGUAAGUUUCAGAUAGCUCCUUCAGGGUGGUGCCUUCCCUGUAAGGCUCAGUUGCACAUUGUGUGGGGACCUUUCUGUGAAAUCAUAUGAUUGAUGGAAGGCAUUGUACAUGCAUGUGCCUUCCUAUACUAGUUACAGGUCAUGGGAUGUAGUAUCCUAAUUCAGGUGCUUCUCAGUUUCAUCUUGUGAGCAUACCACCCCAAAAGCUAUUCUCAGUCUCCCAUGUCAUCCCUCUGCAUUCUGCCUUCACCCUUGUAACCUAAUCUCCUGUUGUCCUAACCUGGAGGGUUUGCCUGAGGAUAAAAGUGAGGUAACAUGUCCCCCGCGAUUUCUUAGACACAGCUGAUUAAUCUCUUUUUUCCUAUAUCCCUUUUCCUCACAUGAUCGAUGCAGUCCCAGGACUGCAGUAGAGCCUGGGGUUGUCAUAGGAGAGAGAAUUCAUAGGGAAUGUUAGAAGAAAGAAAGCUUUAGGAUAGAGAAUAAGAGGACUUUUUAAACAGAUGAGGGCCUCCCAAACAUGUCAGCCUACAGAAGACCCACAAUGGUACCAUGCAGUGGCAGUUACAAAACAGAUUUGGUGCACCUGGCUGGCCUGGUAGAGCAUGUGAGUCUUGAUCUCGGGGUUGGGAGUUUGAGCCCCACGUUGACUGCAGAGUUUACUUUAAAAAAAAAAAAAAAAAUGAAAGUUUAAAAACGAAAAUACAGGCUUGAUCAAUAGCUUGAAUAUAGUCCAUUUCUUUAGUGAACAGGCGUUCGCCCACCAUGGCUUCUGAAUGAGUGAACGCAGAUGAUUAUGUCAGUACCGAUGAUUUGUUUCUGUAUCUUACACAAAGAUUGGUGCCCUUAAUCUCAGUCUGUAGUUUUUCAAGUGGCAGGUCAAAUAACUCCAACUUGGGCAGUAGCCCAAGAUCCUGGAUUCUGACCACUGAGUAAAACAACCACAUCAGCUCUCAUUUCUGCAUGUCCAACAGAGAGGCUAAACAUCCAGCCCAGUGAAUCCAUGAGGUUUUAGCUUUGGUGAAUCAUCAGUGGACCAGUGUCAGACAAUGAGGGGAAUCUGGGAUCACUGAGGUCCUCACGGUGCCAGGGGCUCUGCUUCAGGCUGCAGAUAUGACUUAUUCCUAUAGAGCUGAGAUGUUACUGAUGCCAGUCAGGAUUCAUCCUUAAACAUACCGUCUCCAUUUGACCAGCAAGUCUUUUAGGAUCUCUCUGCGUUGUUGCUUGUAGGGUUCAAGUUGCCUCAUCAACAUGGGAAUGUUAACACCAGACAGUCACAAGUCCUGAAUGGGUCAUGCUUCACUUCUGACAAAUGUUUGGUAGCAAGCUAAUGGCUGCUUUUCCAAAGCAAUUUACCUGUUAGUUAUGUCACACCUGAGUUCAGGGGCACUUGGGUGGCUCAGAUGGUUAAGCAUCUGCCUUCGGCUCAGGUCAUGAUCUCAGGGUCCUGAGAUUGAGCCCCGCAUCGCAUCAGGCUCCCUGUUCAGCAGGGAGUCUGCUUCUCCCUCUCCCUCUGCCCCUCCCCCCUGCUCGUGCUGUCUUUCAAAUAAAUAAAAUCUUUAAAAAACAAACAAACCUGAGUCCAAACCCCAAGGGAGCCUUCCAGAUGGAGACUGCCUGCCUUUGUCAGAGACUCCAAAUGGUGGAAUCUGGCACAGUUUUGCAUUGUCUCCGAUACUCCAGAAGUCUGUUAAAGGGCUGGGCCUCUUUGGGGUUUUUUUGAUGGUGGUCGUGGGCAAGAUACAACAGUGUAUUUUUCUUUAUUGCUAGAAUGAGCAUUGCACAUUGCCCAUAUAAUUCCAAUAAACUGUAAUUGGAAAAGGACUCUGAAUUUGUUACAUUUUAUCAGCCUUACCUACUGGCAGAGAAGGAAUGUCCUAGACAGGCCUAUUGAGACUAAUGUCUAACUUUCCAACAAACAAUUCAUCCACAUAGGGAAACACUGACAGCAGAGGGUUGAGAUAAAUGUGCUAUAUUCUCACCCACACACUGAAGGGAAAUGCCUGGGGAGUUUGCUUCACUAACACUGUUCUCCCUUCAGCCCACCCUGAAGAAUGUGGAUAAAUACGGAAUCUCAUACAGAUGGUGAUGGUUGUGAAAAUUGGCAAAACAUUUUGAAAAGUAUUGGAAGUAUGAAUGAAAGCUGAACAGAUGUAAGCCUAUGACCAUGAAAUUUACUAUUCCAACAGAAAUUUGUACAUGUGUCACCAAAGCACAAAUUCUAGAAUUUACAUAGCAGAGCUAUUCACGAUAGCCCGAAACUGAAAACCACCCACAUGUGCAUCAGGAGUGGAAGGGUUAAAAGUAAUUGUUAGAUGUUUAUACAAUGGAAUUCUAUUAAAUGUUACGAGUCCACACAAUGGAACUAAUGCUAGUAAAUGACCUACAACAUGUGUUAAUAAGAAUGAGUUCAUGAAACCAUUUGGAAUGUGAAGCCAAAUAAUAGAAGAUUCUAUUCUGUAUGGGUCCAUUUCUAUAAAGUGCCGAACAGGCACUUUGAAAAGUGAUCUGUGCUGUUAAAUGUCACAUUACUGUUUACUGUGGUAGAUAGUAACUGGGAGGUUUUUUGGGUUGAAAAUCUUCUGGUUUUUUUUAACUACAAAAUAGAUACAGAGAUGUGUUCACUUUGUGCUAUUUUACUGUGCUUUGUACUUAAGACCUAUAUGUGUAUCUUGAAAAUUGUUUUUAAAUACCUAUCACCAAUUUUUAAAAAUUCAGGAGAAGGUAAGUAGAUUAAUGUUUUCAUGUCCUUUUGUUAUUGUAAAGACACUAAGUAGUACUGUAAUUUGUUUUUAAAAGAUGUGCUCUAAUUCCUAGGUGAAAUAUGAAGAUAUUGAGUGUAAAACCUCCUAAAUUAAGGUAAAGUAGAGAAUUACUGAAAAUUUACACAGAAGAUAGAAAAAUAAGAAAAUAGACCAUGGGUAAUGAAGAACAUGCUAUUGCAUAUUGGUAAAUCUAAUCCCGACUUACCACUGUUGUAUUGAACAUAAAUUGGUAAUAGCUCUUGUUACAAUCUAAUAUUGUUUGACCCUAUUCAGUGAUUUUUUUUUUCACAAGUUAAAACAUUAGGAUUAAAGUAAAAUAAUGAAAUAUAAUCUCAUGGCAUUUCAACCUAGUAAACUGCCAACAGGACUGUAUAAUAAGAUUAAUGUAGGUUGUCAUUAUAAUCAUUGCAAGUGGUACUAUUCUCAUAUUAAUGUACAGUUUUCCAGUACUAUUGAUGAAUAACAAUCUAACAACGCACCGCACGUACACAUUCAGACACAGAGACAUGUACGUGUGUGUGUGUGUGUAUUGCAUCUUGAUUUGUGGUCUAACAUGAUAAAUAUUUCUGAGUGGCUCUAAUCUUAAAAAUAGUAUUUCUCUAUUUUUGUGCCAUAGGGUUCAAUAUAACAAGAUU